UUAUGUUUCCUUCUACGUUUGUCUCUGUCACUUUCUUUCUUAGACACAACUAAGGACAUCCUUUUGGUUUCCACCAUGACUAUGCGCUCAAAACCCAAAAUCUUGGCUGUAAUUUUUGAUUUGGAUGGAACCCUUCUAGACACAGAGAGAGCAACAAGGGGUGUUUUGAAAGAGUUUUUGGCCAAGUAUGGGAAGGUUUUGGACAAGGAGAAAGAAAAGAAUAAGACGUUGGGGAAGACGCUGAAAGAGUCCUCAGCCGACAUUGUUAAGGACUAUGAUCUCCCAUUAACACCUGAUCAGUACAUCAAAGAGAUAAUCCCCAUGUACCAAGAAAAGUGGAUGUAUGCUAAACCACUUCCUGGUGCUAAUCGUCUGAUGAAGCAUCUCCAUGAUCACGGAGUUCCGUUUGCUCUCGCUUCAAACUCCUCACGAGAGUGCAUAGACUUAAAAAUCUCCUACCAAGAAGGUUGGAAGGAACGCUUUUCAGUAAUUCUUGGCAGUGACCAGGUUAAAGAAGGGAAGCCCUCAAGCGAUCUAUUUGAAGAGGCAGCGAAGAGAAUGGGUGUGGACGCGGCUCACUGCCUGGUGGUUGAAGACUCAUUGAUUGGUGUUAAAGCUGCAAAUGCUGCAAAAAUGGAAGUAGUGGCGGUUCCGCCCCGCAGUGAAGCUGGCUGUUCUUCCCUAGCGAAUACUGUGCUUCAUUCUCUUCUGGAAUUUCAGCCUGAGCUUUGGGGUCUUCCUCCAUUUGAAGACUGGAUAGAUAAUGCAUUGCCAAUUGAACCAAUAUAUCUGAGUGGUCUAUAUCUCAAUGGGUUUCUUCAUGAAGUUACAGAGGAUGGAGAAUCUGCGCUUCCUGACCAAGUUUUCGGAGUUUUCUUUGGUUGUGCUGAAGUUGAAAUGACCAAUAGGACCUUCAAGGUCGUGGUUUGUAUUGGAAGGGAUCAAUGUUCCUGUAAUGAUCAUCAGAAAUUAAUUAAAAUUUACAUAGUUGAUGGAGCAAAUGUGCGCAUGUCCAAUCAGCAGAUGAAGCUUGAGCUUCUUGGCUACACAAAGAGUAUGGUUAGCAAGGAAACAACACGCUUUGACGCAGUAAGUACUAGAACUCUAGAAGAGUACAAGUCUAUCGCAAGGAGGACCAUGGAUCUUCCAAUGUUUAGGCAGGAUUAUAUUCUAGAAGCUUCUUAUGUGGAGGACAUGGUUGUCUCUAACAUAGACUAAUCUUAUUGUAAAUCUCCUCAUUAAUUUACUCUAAUACGACACAGUAUAAUGAUUUAUGUAAUCGAUCAGUUUCCUUAUUUACAUACUCCAAUCACAAAUUAUAACGUGAGACUCUCCUCAUCAUUUCGAUCGUUUUGUGUAUU